AUGGCACAAUCUCAGAACCUCACCGAAACCCGAGGCACUAUCUCCUCUACCAAGCGCCAACUUCUCUUGCACCGCACAGAUCAACUAAUCAGCCGGUUAACAGAUUACCAGGUGCUCAAGGGAAAGACCGCCCAAAUGACUGAGUUGGAGAUUACAACCGUCUGUGCUCUGGUCGCAGAGGUGUUUGCAGACGAACCGAUUGCAUUGGAUAUAAAGCUGGAGAAGCCCCUCUACGUACUGGGAGAUAUAUUUGGCCAAUAUGGAGAUCUAUUGAGGAUAUUUAAUUUUCUUGGCCAUCCUCCUGCUAAGCGCUUUCUGCUGUUGGGCAAUUAUGUGGGUAGGAAUGACAGGUCAAUAGAAACGAUAUCUCUACUACUCUGCUAUAAGCUGAGAUAUCCAGACAGUAUCUUCCUUAUUCGUGGCAACCACGAGUGCGAGCAUAUAUCGCGCUUUUAUGGCUUCUAUGAGGAGUGUAUGAAACGCUUCAGUCGCCGCCUCUGGAGGGCCUUCACAAGCGUCUUUGAUUUCAUGCCGCUGGUCGCCUUUAUUGAGGAUAAGAUCUUCUGUACCCACAGUGGCCUCAUGCCAAGUGUUCAUUUCUCAGGGAUGACAAAGCAACUCGAGAUCAAGGACUUCCUGUCGCAGAUGAUACCGAGACCAACAGACGCCGUGAAUAACGUGAUUGUACGCAACAUCCUGUGGUGCGAACCAGACGUCGAAUGCAAGAUGUGGGACCGAAACCCAGCUGGUGUCGGUUACCUGUACGGCACUGGGCCAGUAGACAAUUUCUGUGAGCGGUUUGGUAUUCAGCAGGUUAGAGAGAAACCUAAGGACCAAGCAAAGGCUGUUACUAAACUGAUUUUAGAAUUUUCAUCUACAAUAGUAUAUCCUCAUCAGAAAUUAUUUGUUGAUCUGGCAAUUUUACAAAUUCAUAUGAAUUUUUAA